AUGGUCAGACCGUCGGAAGGCGGUGGACUUCUGAUAGUCGGCUGGCUUCUGGCACUCCGUUCCAUCGGUGCCGGUGCCCAGUGUAGUCACAGCGAGUUGCCGAAGGUACUGGAAGGUCUCAACGCGUUGAGCCAUUACAUGGACCGGCCGGUGGACGAGCUGAUUCUGGAGAACAACAACCUGCCCAGCCUGCCCGGCAAAGUGUUCGCGACCCUGCGAGUUUUGCGCCUGAUGCUGCGGAACAAUCGGCUCGAGAGGGUGUCGUCCGGCUGGCUGGAGGGUCUGCACGACUCCUUGCUGGAGCUCUUCAUCGUCGAGCCGGAGCUGCGGUCUCUGCCUAUGGACAGUCUGGAGAAUCUGCAGGGUCUCGAGGCGGUAACGCUGCAGAGUCGCGUGAUGAAGAGAUUGCCAAAGUUCUCCGGCCUGCCGAAGCUGCGUUACCUCCAGAUCAACUCGCCGGCCCUGUUGGAACUCGCCCCGAGAAACUUCCGCGACAUUCCCAGCCUCGAGCAGCUGCACGUGUUCGGCAGCCCGAGACUGAUCAGACUGGAGGCCGGACUGCUGCGCGAUUUGCCGCGACUGGAGCUAAUCAACAUCACCGACUCCGGGAUCCACUGGAUUCAUCCGCGCGCCGCAAUCGGCCUGCCGGAACUCAAGGAGAUCUCGCUCGUCGGAAAUGCCAUAAUCGAUGCCGGUAUGGUUGGUCGCGCGUGUAUGAAUCUUCCGUCGUUGUCGGUGCUACGCUUGGAUCGAAACCGCGUUAAUCGCCUGGGCGAGAACUCCUUCGUCGAUCUGCCGGCCCUCUCGCGCCUUUAUCUGUCGCGCAAUCACAUCACGGAGAUAUUCGCCAAUGCCUUCCAACGCGUGCCGGCUCUCAAGUCCGUGGACCUGAAUCACAACCUGAUCCACCGCAUCCAUCCGGAAUUCUUCCCGCAUCGCGUGGGCAACGCGCUGGAGGAGAUGUGGUUGAUCAACAAUGAUCUCAGUCACGUGGUUGAGAUACGGUCGGUGCUCGAGGCUCUGCCAAGGUUGAAGUUCCUAGACGCCAGUCACAAUCAGCUAGAGGAAAUACCCUUCGGUGCUCUAAGAGGCCAUCCCACUUUGGAAAGGCUACAUCUAAAUCAUAAUAGGCUAGCGCUUCUGCAGAGAGAAACCUUCACGGCUAUGCCGGCGCUCAGAGAGCUCAGACUGAAGAACAAUUCCUUGUCAAAUCUGCUGGAAGCUCCAUUCUGGAAUCUGCCAGCGUUAAAAGGUCUAGAUCUUUCGGAGAAUUACUUCCGUCACGUAGAGCCGCGUUUGUUCUCCAAUCUGCCGAAUCUCAGACGGCUGGAUCUUAGCGGGAACGCCAUCGGUCUCAUCGAACCGGAAUCCUUCUUAAACACACCGGCGCUGGAGCACAUCAACAUUUCCGGCAACGCUCUAUCCGUUCUCCAUCCAUUGACCUUCCGACACUUGACGAAUCUGUACGAGCUGGACGUCGGUUGGAAUCGCAUGCUAGAAAUAAUCCCUGGUUUACCGAAGGACAUCGAGCAUCUUCACAUGCCCAUGAACCGCAUCGUCGCCUUGCCAGUCAUAUCUUCUCAAGAUCUAGCCUUGCCCGCUCUACGAUCGUUGGAUCUGAGUGCAAAUGGGAUCGAGCGAAUUCUGCCUGGUUCUUUGACCGACUUGUCGAACUUGAGAAAAUUGAAUCUAGGCUACAACGCCAUGAGAAUUCUAGAUGACGGUGUUUUCGAUGGGCUCUCAAGAUUGGAACAGCUGGACCUGAAAUACAAUCGAUUGGUUACGUUGCAUGGGCGAAGCUUCCGUUCGCUAAAAUCGUUGAUGGACGUAAAUCUCCGAGGUAAUCGAGUGGAGGUCCUGCGGCCGGAUAUCUUUCAGGAGAAUAUACGGUUGCAGAGAGUCGAUUUGAGCAGAAAUAACCUCGCACAGAUUCCUCACGCCGCCUUUGCCAAUACAAGAGACCUUCGUGAACUAUAUGCGUCGCACAACACUUUGACCGAGUUACCCGGAUCGCUGCACGGCUUAACCGCUCUUCGGGUCCUCGAUUUGAGCUUCAACAAGCUGAACAUCCUCUCGCCGGAAACGCUAAGCAGUCUGUCGUCCUUGCUGGAGUUGAAACUGGUUAGAAACCGCAUACGAGAGUUGCGGGAAGGCGCGUUUGACGGACUGCCACGGCUGUCCCUGAUCGAUCUCGAGAACAAUGAUCUCAGAGUGAUCGAGAGAAACGCUAUCAAGGCAUUACCGGAAUUACAGGCCAUCAGACUUGGCAAGAAUCGAUUACAGUCCAUCCCCACUGGAGCUUUCACCGAACUGCCAUUGCUGCAAAGUGCGGAACUUCAGGAAAAUCUAAUCCAGGAAAUCGCUAAUAAUGCUUUCAUUAACGUGCCACACUUACUCUUUCUUAAUCUAAGUCACAAUCAUCUGCCGGCACUGGAGUACGUUGGUCUAGAGAGUCUUCGCUCGUUAGAGGUUCUUGACCUCAGCUACAAUCGAUUAUCUCGAGUAUCCAGCCACAGUUUGGCAGCUAUGGAAUGGCUGGUGGAAUUGAAGAUGGAUAACAAUCGCAUUUGCGCCGUGCACGGUUCACCUUUCGACGAUAUGCCUAGAUUACGAGUACUGAGUCUGCGUAGCAAUCAGAUGACUGCUGUUUCUGAAAAUGCUUUCAAAAGACUGAGAUCGAACAUUGCUGUCUUGGAUAUCGACGGAAAUCCAUUAUCCUGUUCCUGCGGCAUGAUUUGGCUACGAGGAUGGUUGCAACAGGCGUCCUCAGAGGGUCCCAGAUGCGCUGAUGGUUCUCUCUUUAAAGAAAUCAGAUUAUCGCGUGAGGAUUGCCAGCGUGAGAGAUAUGUAGAACCCGUCCAUCCAGGAUGCGAAACCGAAAUGAUUAACGUUGCGACACCUUCGGUUUCUUCAUCUGCAUUUGGAGUUACAGAAACAGUGCCGCUGUGGAUGAAUCUGAAAGACUCCUCGACGCAGAAGCCUUCCGUUUCCCAAGACUCCGACUAUUUGUACGAAUAUGCGGAUUAUCAAGACAAUAUAAGCGAGACAAGCACAUCCACAUUGCCACCCAGCUUGUCUACAAUUAGCGCCACCCAAACCGUGAAGAUCAUUCACCCGCCGCAAACGCAGAAGCACCAAAUCCAGAAGAACGCCACGUCACCUAUAAAGAAGAAUCCAAUGAUGCCACCGUCGCCCAGCAGUUCCGGUUUCACCUUUUUCGGCGUACCUCUGCCGAGUCUGAACUUCAAUUUGUGGGGCAAUUCCGGCAGGAAAGCGGAGCGGAAGGAGUCCUCGGCGCCGAGUAGACCCGGUCGAGGACGCUACAGAUCCUUUCCGCCCACGGAACCGGAAAUUCACAGAGGUGGCUUCGUACCCCUGCCACGCGCCCAAAGCGGAUUCGUGCCGAUCGCUGAUCCCAGAUUAACAUACGAGAAACAUGAGAAUGCUUCGAAAUUGUUGAACAUGAACAAUACAGUGGCGCAGGACGAACGUCCGCGGAAAAACGGAAGUAAUACCGUAGCUAAAGUGGAAAAAGUUGUCUCCCGAACUGUAAAACCUCGGAUCAGUUUUCGAGAAAGGGAGGAAUUAUCAACUGCAUCAACAUUCAAUCGGUCGACAAGUUUAAAUACUUUCGAGUCUCGAAAGAUUUCGCUCAACGCCAGCAGAGCCAGCUUUAAUGCGUCAAGCAUAACAAAAAGUAGUGAUCCGAUAAUUGUGGAAGAGGAAUCAUCACAAGAAGCUCACGAAACGUCAGUUUCCACCGAGAUUUAUGACGGUGAAAGUUUAGAAGUAAAUGCGGAAGAUAUUAAAUUUAUAGAAAAACCACAAAUGGAAAUCGCUAGUAGGAUAAUCUGGACUACACCAAAGACGGUGAUAGCGGAAACAAAGAAGGCUAUAAUUGCCAAAGAAACUGUAACGGCUGCGAUGAAUGUGGCACCAUCGAAAGAAAGCGGCAUGAAAGAUUGGAACUUUGAGAUAUCCGAAUAUAAAAAAGAAUCAACUCGAUUAAGCGACACACUCGAUUCUGAUAAUAGAUCCGAUAAUUCACAGGCAAAUUCAAAAACAAAUGCACCGAUCCCGUAUUAUUUAGCAUCCACGACAUCUUCCACAUUCAAUCCACACCUCAGAGAAACCACGACCGCAAUCUCGUAUACUUCUCGAAUAACGGAAGCAUCAACUCUAUCCGCGCUUUUGAUUCCUGGGGGCCAACUACCGUCCUCCGUGAGCUCACGUCCGUCUGGUAGAUCUACAAUAACCAAAGUCGCUUCACCGCAUCUCGGCUAUAAUACCGAGCAAUCGAGAGAGAAACAAAAAUCGGCUGCUGCUCAAAGAAGCGCCGAUAUUGAUGAGGCAACUAAAAGCCAGAACGAGGCGUUCGUCAUCGAUGAAGAAGCCAAAGUGAUAGACGACAAUCCUUUCAAUUGGUAUUUCCAGCAUUAUAACGAUACAAAUUUGGAACCUUACGUAGGCAUAGCUUACAGUGGUGCCACGAAAAUCAAUGUGUAUCAAUGGUUAUUCUUGGUUGUUUUCAGCAUUUUACUGUAUGCGUAAAAAGAAAUUUGAAAUUUGCAGAAAUUUAGACGGCUUUUAAAUACAUAAAUUUAUCAUUGAGUCUCAUAAGAGAUAAAGUAUUGUAAUGUUUGUUAACGAAUAUUGUUGUGUGUGAGUGUCUUAAAUCAUCAUUCAUACAUGUCAAGUAUGUUGCAAUGAUAAACGAUGUACACAGUCGUAUUAUAUAUCUAUAUAUAUUUUUUUGUUCAAGAAUCAUUGUAUAUACAAAGAGAUGCGUGCGUAUAUUUACGUUUUUAUAUAUUUUCUUUCUCUUGGUAAAGUAUAAAUAGAAAAGCAUUUGUAUAUUAAAUAAGCAGAUAAAUUAAUAAAGCAGUA